UGAGCUCCAAGGUUCCUUCGUUAUAAUGCCACUGGAUCAUUAAUGACCCCCACACGCUCUCCCUCCCGCAUGCAUCUGAACUAGCCUCGCAUUUCAUAUUUUCGUCACCAGAGGCAUGCAUAGGCCAUUUGGAUACAUUAUUAGUCUUCUUCCUAUCUCACUAUCUUCUCCUCCCCUGUUUCUGUAGUCCAAAUUGUUAAUUUCGCAUGAAAAAUCAUCUAAAGUGAAACAAUCUUUGGGCUAGUACGCAAAUGGCCAGCGGCGGAUCAACAAACUCCGGCGUGUCGAAAUUGUACCGACCGUACUGCAAGCGAGUUAACAUCAUUCCCUUUGCUUUAGUCAUUCUCCUCUGCUCCGCUUCCUACUUUCUCGGCGUGUGGCAGCACAGCGGUGGCGUUUCUACCUCCUUCCAAUCCACCGUCCUCAACGCUGUCUCGUGCGAUGAAGAGAAGGUGUUGGCCAGCGCCUCGAAGCUCGACUUCGCUGCCCACCACACGGUCGACGAGUCCAAGGCAGCUGCCCCUGCGGUGCGCGAGUUCCCAGCCUGCGACGUCAAGUACUCUGAGUACACGCCUUGCGAGGACCGAGACCGGUCUCUGCGGUUCGACCGCGAUCGGCUCAUCUACCGGGAGCGGCACUGCCCGGCGAAGGAGGAGCUACUCAAGUGCCUGAUCCCGGCACCGGCGGGGUACAAGACGCCGUUCCCCUGGCCGAUCAGCCGGGAUACCGCCUGGUUUUCUAACGUGCCGCACAAGGAGCUGACGGUCGAGAAGGCGGUCCAGAAUUGGAUCCGGGUCGAGGGGAACAAGUUCCUGUUCCCCGGAGGCGGCACCAUGUUUUCCAACGGCGCUGACGCCUAUAUCAACGAAAUCGAGCGGCUUAUUCCACUGCGAAACGGAUCUAUUCGGACAGCCGUCGACACCGGCUGCGGGGUAGCAAGCUGGGGUGCGUAUCUCCUCUCACGAAACAUCCUAACCAUGUCUUUCGCACCGAGGGACUCCCACGAGGCGCAAGUCCAAUUCGCUCUGGAACGCGGCGUCCCCGCCAUGAUCGGCGUGCUCGCCACAAAUCGCCUCCCUUACCCCGCCCGGGCGUUCGACAUGGCCCAUUGUUCUCGCUGCCUCAUCCCAUGGCAUCUCUACGGAGGGCAGAACUUGAUCGAAGUUGACCGAAUCUUGAGACCCGGCGGCUACUGGAUCCUCUCAGGUCCUCCGAUCAACUGGAGACGGCACUGGAAGGGCUGGCAGAGAUCAGAGGCAGACUUGAAAGCUGAGCAGGACGACAUUGAAACCUUGGCUACGAGCCUCUGCUGGAAGAAGAUCAAGGAGAAGGGAGACAUCGCCAUCUGGCAGAAGCCAACCAAUCACAUACACUGCAAAAUACGUAAGAGGGUCCUUAGAUCAACAAACUUCUGCAAUGUUACCAAUCCUGAUUCUGCUGGGUACACCAAGAUGGAAACUUGCCUCACACCUCUGCCUGAAGUUUCCAAUACUAGAGAAAUCGCUGGUGGCGCACUGAAAAACUGGCCCCAGAGACUAAUGGCGGUGCCUCCAAGGAUUGCCAGUGGAAGCCUAGAUGGUGUGACGGCUGAGAUGUUUUUGCAAGACACCGAGCUAUGGAAGAAGAGACUUGGCUACUAUAAGGCUGUGAUCAACCAACUAGGACAGAAGGGCCGUUAUCGGAACUUGCUCGACAUGAAUGCCAAGUUUGGCAGCUUUGCUGCGGCUCUCAUCGAUGACCCAGUUUGGGUCAUGAACGUCGUCCCUUCUGAGGCUAAAAUUAACACGCUUGGAGUAAUCUACGAGCGCGGACUAAUUGGAAUAUAUCAGGACUGGUGUGAGGCAAUGUCUACCUAUCCAAGAACGUAUGAUCUUCUACACGCCGAUACAUUGUUUAGUCUUUACAACGGAAGAUGUGAAAUGGAGGACAUUCUUUUGGAAAUGGACCGUAUUCUUAGGCCGGAGGGAACAGUCAUCUUUAGAGAUGAUGUAGAUGUGUUGGUGAAAGUUAAGAGCAUCACUGAUGGAAUGAGAUGGGACAGCCAAAUUGUGGAUCAUGAAGAUGGUCCUCUUCGAAGAGAGAAGCUUCUUUUGGUAGUGAAGACAUAUUGGACAGCUUCAAAUCAAGGCCAAGAUCAACCAGCUUUGUCAGCACAUAGCAACCCUAUGAAUGAAACAUAAAUCUUUUUGUCAUUUUUUUUUACUUGCAAUCGGUUGAACUUUAGGUUGUAAUUUUAAGAUAUUUUAAUCAAUAAUGUUCUAUGAUUCUUAAUUGGCCA